AUGCUUUCUCCUUCCCUCCCUCCCAGAGUCCCAGUCGGUGCCAGCCACAGCCGCACCGGAGAGCUCCAGCGGGCGCCGGCGCCGCCGCACCUCUGCUGUAGCAGGCAGCGUAGGAGGCACCACCUCCUCCUGUGUCGCUGGUCGGCCAUUACGCUCUCUCCCCUCACCAGACUUUGGGUGAUGGCAGCUACACAGUCUCUGUCUUGGUCUGACCUCCCUCCGGAUCUCUUGGGCCUUGUCAUCAAGAAUCUCCCAUCCACAGCAGAUCGUGUUCGACUGAGAGCAGUCUGCCACCCAUGGCGUUCCAAUGCACUGCAAUUCCUGCCCCCUCGACUCCCAUGGCUGACUCUCCCAGAUGGAGCCUUCCUGAGGAUUCCAGAUGGUGAAGUUAUUCGAAUGCCUCUGCCAGACGGUGCUCGUUGUCAUGCUUCCAUUGACAACUGGCUCUUCCUCAUGCAAAGUAAUGGUGAGUGCUCACUGGUGAACCCUUUCUCCAAAGCCAUGGUGGAGCUUCCCAAGCUAGCUACUGUUUGGUCUCAAGACUCAUCCAAUGCGACCUCUGGACUUCAUCCAAGUCUCUAUAAGCUGGUGGCACCUUUGGACUCAUCACCAGAUUCACUUGUUGCAGUGUUGAUCUUGGAUGAAGGUAAUCUCAGUACAGUAUGCAUAUGCCAGCCCCCAAUUGUUACUGACACGUCAAGUACGAGGGCCAUGCAUCCAAUGCAGGUCUUUCAUGAUGUCACAUUCUUCAAUGGGAAGCUCCACGGUCUUUCUUCCUGGAACAAGCUAUUUGUGUUUGAUAUUGAUUAUGACCUCAGUGAUAAGCCGAAGAUCUCAUGCAUCAAAUGCAUAAUCGACUAUGGGGAGGGUUUACGGGACUUGCCCCAGCCCUUAUCCAGAGGAAUGGUUCCUAUGAAGAAGGAAUAUCUAGUUGAAUGCUCUGGUAGACUAUUGAAGGUGAGAUGAUUUUUUCAGUGUGAUUGUGGUGGGCCUACACGUUUUUACUUAAACAACUAUCGUACUGUUGCAUUUGAUGUCUUUGAGGCAGCAUUGGCCACUAACAAUAGGCAGUGGAGAAAGGUCAGUAAUUUGGGUGGUCAAGUGCUCUUUGUUGGCCGUCAUUGCUCCAAGUCUUUCUCUGUUGUAGAGCACAAUGGAAUUCAAGGAGAUUGCAUAUAUUUCAUGUGUGACUACAAUCCUAGCCAUGCGAAUCCACUUUAUGACUCCGGCAUAUACAACAUGACAACUGGGGUGAUCUCGCCAUUGCUGUCAGAGACCAUGGCACUGCCACAGCAGCAUCACCAUGGAAGGUGGUGCCCCACAUGGAUCUUCCCUGCUGAUUAUAUGUAACCGGGCCAGCUUAGCUCGUGCAGUGUCUUUAGAUUAUGUAAUAUGUAUCCUUAUAUAUUGCCUUAUGCCUGCUUAUCAGUAUCGUCCGGCCAGGUUAGCUUUUGCAGUGUCUUUAGAUUAUGUAAUAUAUAUACUCUUAUAUAUUGCCUGAUGCCUGUUUAUGAGUAUCGUCAGGCCAGCUUAGCUUCUGCAGUACUCUUAUAUACUUGCUUAUCAGUAUCGUGAGCUUAGCUAUCUUUAGAUUAUGUAAUAUGUACUCUUAUAUAUUGUCUGAUGCCUGCUUAUCAGUGUCACCGUGAUGUUGUUGAACCAUAUUAAUUACUAGCUACUCUCUGAGAC